CUAAAGUUAUACUUCUACUUUAUGUAUCAGUGUCAAUCCGAGCUCUGUUCAGGCUGACUGGCCACUAAAUCAGAAAUGAAACUGAACGUGUCUGAGCAGUUUUAGUGUGUUUUUAGUAGAAUGUAGUUCCUUUUUUAAACUUGAAUAUAUAUUGACAGUAAACUGGUCAUAACAUAUUGCAUUUUGACCUUAAUAGGAUAUAGAGAUCUCGAGUCAUCACUCCAUUGUUUAGCAAUGCAAUGAUUGUUUGUUAUGUGCAGCUAAGUGGAGGCAGAAUGUCAGAGCGAUGGUACUGAUUGUGUGGCAGUCUGGUGGGGAGACAAUGAAAGUUACCAUAUGAAAUACAACAGUUCUCUAAUUGUUAACGUGUUUGCCAACAUGCAUCAAAUUCAAAAAUACAAAAUGGCAAGCCACCGUGCUGAGAGAUGUUUUGUGUGUUCAUAACAUACUAGCACCACACCUGCAGCAAACAGGGUGACCUGAGUGUAAAUACCUGUAUUAGCAUUAUUUCUGUUACUGUGUGUGCCUAAUGUUCUGCACAGGGAAUAGCCUUAUUGACUUCAGAUUGAACAACAUUUACUUUAGUUUUCCUUCUUAUCAUUCAAGUGUUGGAUAAGACGUGGGCAUCAAUAUCAAAAAUAAUUUAAUCUAAUUGUGGCAUGAUAAACAUGCCACAAUGGUUUUUACAAGGGUUUCCUACAAAGGAAGUUGCUUCACCACUGACAAAAUAUAGGAGUUGUGAAAACUGAUGCAAGGAAAGGGGAAGUGAUGCAUUGUGGUUAUAAUUGGCGAGGCUGGUCUAUUAUCUUUCCUGGAUCUCAUUGUGUUGUACUUUGAUUUGACAUGGUUGUAAGUGUGUUUGUGCUGAUAGCCUAUUGUUGUCCUUUCCUCGCUAGUUUCACAUCACUCUCUCGUCUCUAUGAUCUGUGACCCGAGGAGAGCAGGACUGAGUUGACAGAUUCACUCUGGACAAGGGUCCCUAUUUAUCAGCUAUUUAUAGACUGUGCUUAGAAGGUGACAGGCAUUGUGAUUCACACACAAUGUUGAGGAGUGAUGGUGAUUCAUUCAGACGACCUUCAAAAUGUUGGUGAGCAGAAAUGUAACUCUGUUGGCACUUGAUGUCUGUAAAUAACACACACGUUUGCCAGCAAUCUAAGGACACUGAUCUUUUUACAGCAUGCAUCCAACCCUUAGCCCCAACCAGGCUAAAUGUAUAACAAAAGGAAGAGGCUGCAGUGUUUUGAAUAUUUGAGUGAGUGCAUAACUUGGAUAGUCUUUGUGUUAUAGAAGAACAUGCUUGAACCGCUACUCAUUUGAAAAAUGAAGGUGUUAAAACAGCCAGAAACCAGAUAGCAGGGUGCCCCUCAUAGCAAACUCGACACUGUGACGUCCGAGAACCAGCUGCAGAAGUGCUGCAGCAAUUUGCUUAAUGGAAAAGUGAACUAAACAACUGAAUCAAAAAUGUCUCCUGCAACAUAAUGCAGUGUGUGUGUGUUUGUACUCGGGUUUAACCAUGGUCUGUUGCUUCCUUCACUUCCGCCCUGGAAAUGAUUCUCUCAUUCUGAGUUUGUCAGCGUGUGUUGCACACCUGCUGCUUGAACACUCCGCUGCUUCCUCUGUUGUUCUUCCACGCUCAGACUCACAGUAACGCAUUUUAUGUUACAGCUCUUCAUUCCAUCUGUCCAUUUUGCAGUUUUAACCAACCAUCUUUUUGUCUUUGUCUUUCUCUCUUUGUUGUUGUUUGUAUCUUUGUCAUUUCACACCUCCAUUGCCUUUCUUCAUCUCGCCCUGCCCCAUGACGUCCCUCUUCAGAUUGCCAUCCGCUUUCUCCAGCAUCCCGAAUGUAGUCAGCAGCACAAGCAGAGCGUGAUUCCGUCCUUUGUGAACUGUUUUUCCUCUUAAACAGCUUCCUCUACCUCUCGGGCUGGACUGCGGUGCAUUAACGUCGGCUCGCCCUCCCCUGCCCCCUCGCCCCCCAGCAAUGGCCUCGCGCAUUGGGCUGCGGAUGCAGCUGAUGCGAGACCAGCUGCAGCAAGAGGAGCAGCGUGAGAGGCAGCAGAUACAGCAGCAUCAGCAGCAGAAUGCAGCCCUGCAAUACAUGCAGCAUUGCAUGGCUGGGCCACCUGCACCCACGCCAGCCAUUAGCACCCCACAGCAUAACCAAAGCAUGCAGGUCCCCGUGGAGGUUCUUAAGGUACAGACCCACCUCGAGAAUCCUACAGACUACCACAUCCGUCAGUCUCGGAGGCAACAGGUGAAAGAAUUCCUGUCCACCACCUUUGCCACCAAACAGACGAUCCAUGCAGUAGCAGGGCUGGUGCCGCCCUCUCCUCCCACAAACAUGGGACCUACAGGGGGCUCAGCUUCUGCCCCCCCACCCCUUCGCUCCCCACACAUGCGCACCGAGCAGCUCAUGUCUGGAAACAGCGCCCCCAACAGCCCCAUGGCCAUGCUCAACAUCAGCUCCAGCCAGGAGACAGAGAUGGAUGAGGUCAUUGAUGACAUCAUCAGCAUGCAGUCCAAUUACGACGAUAUUCAGGCAUACAUUGACCCUCUCCAGAUGCCAAACACACUCCCCCUGUCUAGCAGUCACCUGGAUGUGUAUACAGGUCCGGGGAUGAAGGGUCCAGCCAUUGCUAUGACCAGCAACUCCUGUCCUGCCAACCUGACCGUCAAACGAGAACUGACAGUUACAGAAGCCCGUGCCAUGGCCAAGGAGAGGCAGAAAAAAGACAACCACAAUCUGAUUGAAAGGAGAAGGAGAUUCAACAUCAAUGAUCGUAUCAAAGAGUUGGGCACCAUGAUCCCCAAAACCAAUGACCUUGUGCAUAGUGAUUUGCGCUGGAACAAAGGCACUAUACUGCGGGCGUCUGUAGAGUACAUCAAACGCAUGCAGAAGGACGCAUAUAGAUCCAGAGAGGUGGAAAAUAACUUCAAAAGGAUGGAGAUGGCCAAUAAACAACUGAUGCUACGCAUCCAGGAGUUGGAGAUGCAGGCUCGUAUACAUGGCCUGCCCAGCACCUCUCCCUCUGCCCUGAACCCGACUGAUCCGAUGGCUUCUUAUGUAAAACAAGAGACCAGCCCAGAGGAGAACCUCUCUCACCCCAUGGCACAAGCCCACCACCAGCCCCAGCACCUACACCAGAACCAGGCUCAUCCCCAGGCCCAGCAGCACCACUUCCUCCAGCAGACCCACCUCCAUCACCAGGGCCAGGUUCAGCAACAGCCCAGACAGCUGCCACCGCUCCCCCAACACCUGCAGCAGCCCCAGCCACCCAUCCAGUACCCAGCUGUAGGCAGCUCCCAGCCCUUUGACUUUACUCAGUCGCUUGACUUGUGUGAUGGGAUACCCGGCUUCUCAGACGGCAUGUCGGGGUUAGGCGACCUGGGUGGACUGGACGUCCAGGGGAGGAGAGGCGAGCUGGGCUUCCUGAUGAUGGACGAGCCCUUGUCCCCUAUUGGAGGAGACCCACUGCUCUCUGCGAUGUCGCCUGAAGCCUCGGUGGACUCCAGCCGCAGAUCCAGCUUCAGCAUAGAGGAUGGAGACAUACUGUAGACACGUGCAUACAAACACACACAUUCAGUCACACAAACGCAGGAAACAAGCACAGGCAGAGGUUUCAGAAAGGUAGCAGUGAAAAUGUAAAACAACAUCAAAAAGUGAUGGUACGUCGGCACAAUACAUUUGCAGUGCAUACAACAGAAAGGAAACGGCAACCAGACGUGACAUCAUUCACCCAGCACGCACCAAUACACAUACUAUACCCAUCACAUUAUUUGAACACACACCAAUGACACUCAUUUGUAGUAGAAUUACACCCGGCCCUUAACGGCACAACCAAAAGGAGGUACACAGCCAUCGUGCAGUUUAAAAUAUUCUGUAUAGUGCAAACGUUUGCACACACACACACACACACACACACACACACACACCCACACAAGCGCAUGUGAGAUGAACUAAGCAGCUUGAAACUUUGCCCAACAGAGCUUUUACAAGGGGUGAAACAAUACUGCCAGCUCAGGAGUUAUAUUGCACACUUGGCCUUGUUUCCAUAAAGGUGGCUCUGAAUCAUAAUUAAACAAGGGACAAAACCAGCAGUUAAUUAGAUUUAAGUUAUCAGAUGCAAGGACAACCAAGUGCAUUGUCUCACUUGAUAGAGGUUAUUUUCUCCUUACAUCAACCUCUUUUAGUAACCAUAAAUAAUUGAAUGAACGAUAGUGAAUAAAAUGGAAACAGCUUCAUGGUCCUGCAUGCAUAAUUUAUCUUAAGGGGAUGCAGUCCAGUCACAUUGUUCUCUUCCUCAAUCUGUUAUGCUAGUGUUGGCUUUUGCCUCUAGCACCAGCUGUUUGGUGUUCGAUGUUCCAAAACAGAUCUGUGAUAGCCUGCUAAGCCAAAGUGUAUUCUUCAAACGCCCACAUUUUAGGGAACAUUUAAAAACUCACUGGAGGAGGCAGAUAAUCCAGCUUGUCAGCAAAGCCCCUUUAAUUUAUUGCAUCUAGCCCACUUCUGGCUGUAAUUGUUGCCUUCUCACAAACACACACUGCUGUCCCCCAGUUCCCACACCUUUAACAUUUGACACAGUCAUGACCUUUACUGUGGAGAGAAUAGAGAAAACAUUUGGAUGGUCUUCAGAAUACAGCGUGUCGUCCUCAAACUGUGAGGUGUCAAAAUACUCAGGUACUGUAACAGAAUACACAAGCCGGAUCAUUUUUAAGCAGUAGCAGAUGUUAACCUGAACCAUGUCCGGCUCACAGCCUCUAUCAAUGUGCCUUUUCAUUUUUGCAGCUGCAGCUCCUCAAAGGCAUGUUUUUUUUUUUAUAGGUUGGAGAUCACCACCAGUAUUUUAGUUUUAGUAUUAACUUCAAUUAGGCCUGUUGACGCUUUAGGGUUUGCUUCUGUACCGUCUAUACCGGCGUUGUUGCAGGAGAUAAACAUUGCAUUUUUCUCUCACUAAUUGUCUUUGUAGGAACCAGCUUGCUUGCGAGGCCCGGGUGAACGAAAUGAAAGUGACAGGGUUUAAUCCUGGAGAGAGAAAGAUCUAGUUUGUUUCUGACAGCAGAAGUUGUGUAAUCUCCACUGUUAAAACACAACACCAGCACUCACUGCAUGCAUUCACACUCUCACUCGGUUCACAAGCAGGCGUGCAUUAAACGUGCAGAUGCUCACCCAGUAGUUUGCACACAUGCGGUAUAGUGUUCACAUGCAUACAAUAAAAACAGUGCAGCCUUGAGGCUGUUUUCAAAUCAGCAUGUUAACAAGUCUCCUGUGCUUCAGUCUCUCCCCUGACGAGUCGACUGAAGCUGCCGGCUGCAGAGGUAAAACUCGGGUCCGCUUUUCAAACUGCCACCUAAAGGGAAUGUGUUAUCCCACUGGCUGCAGCUGUGGUGGUUAGGGAGGGCUGAGGUGGACCUGAGUUGUAUCUCUGUUGUGGUAGACCUGGGGCUUGGCUUUGAUUUGAUAUAGCUUAUGAUCAGUACUGAUUAAAGGUAGGAAAAAAAACUUUGAUGGUGAUUUUUCUUUUUUGAUUAAAAGAAGUGUUUGUUUUCUUUAUUAUAGUUUGUUGUAUAUUUUAUCUCUCAAAGCACUGGAAACAUCAUUAUUUCGACUUUGUACAUGGAAGAAUAUGGAAUACAAUUUAUGUCAGAUGUUAUAUGCCACUAAGCCACUUAAAUGUAUUUUAUUUGUAUUUGUUGUUUUUAGUUCUUUUAUAAUUUUAUUCCAAAACGACCCUUUCUGCUGAGAGCCAUUUUCAGUAAGCACACUGUAAAGGCACACAGGCCACCAAUGUUUUAUUGAGGAAGGAUCGGGGAGCCAUUUCUAAACUUCCAGAACUGACUUUAACGAGAUGAAGAGAUUAUGUACAUUUACGAUGCCAUUUUUAUAUAAUUGGGUUUUUAUUUUUCUCUCUAUUUUAACUUUGAAUUUUGGAGCCAGACAGAAAACUUGAUUAUUUGAUUUGAUGAAUUAAAAUUGCUCAUUUUAUGAAUGUAAGCUUUACCCAGUGGUUCUGGUCAGACUGAAGCAGGUCGCCAUGCUCCCGUCCUUCCUGACUUUGGUUUCCAUGGAAACUAGAAGAUGACUGACUUUAAAUACACUCUGAGCCGAGGAGUCAUGGUCGCCUUGGCGCGGAAUCACUGACUCUGCAUCGAUCACUGCCUUUCUGCCAGAGUUGUGCCUUUUCCCUUUCAGCCACAGUUUGACUUUUGUUGACUUUCACCCUGCCAACACUCCAAAGAGCUGCUCGGGCCUCCUCUACUCUUCCACUAGAGGGCGCUCUGCAGAGCAAACUACACAGGGAAAAGUGGUUCUGAUUUUACUGAGAAUAUAAAAUGUUUUACCAGAAUCCA